UCCACCAGACAAACACAACGUGGUAUACACAGCCACUGGGAACUUUGCUCUUUCACACACACAGGACACACACACUGGACACACACACACACACAUCGGACACACACACAAACUCUGGGAAGAUUUGUUCUUGCAGACCGCAGCAGAGAGACAGUUGUAAAUGUGCACGAGUCUGAGCCGUUCUGAUUGAGGAGAGAGGCGGGUCUUAUCUGCGUCUGGGGGGGAGGACCUUCGUGUCAGAUAACCAAUCAUGGAGAGGACGAGGGCGGGUGCAGCUGUGUUCCUGAUGCUGAUCUUGGGUCACCUAGGCAACGCUCUGGAGGUCCCACUAGACCUGGCGCAGCCGCCAACCAUAACUCAACAGUCCCCCAAGGAUUACAUCAUCGACCCUCGGGAGAACAUCGUCGUCCACUGUGAGGCCAAAGGGAAGCCACAUCCCAGCUUCUCGUGGACCAGAAACGGGACCCACUUUGACAUUGACCAGGAUCCCAAGGUGACGAUGCGACCCCGCUCUGGUACCCUGGUGGUGGACAUCAGUGGGGAGAAGGCCGAGACGUACGAGGGGAUCUACCAAUGUACAGCCAGAAACAAACACGGGGCCGCAGUGUCCAACAAUAUCAUCAUCAGACAGUCCAGGUCCCCCUUGUGGUCAAAGGAGAGGAACGAGCCAAUCAGAGUUCAGGAGGGCGAGGCUCUAGUGCUACAUUGCCGGCCCCCUGCUGGCCUGCCCCCCCCCAUCAUCUUCUGGAUGGACGUCAACUUCCAGAGACUGCCUCAGAGUAGCCGUGUGUUCCAGGCGUUGAACGGAGACUUGUACUUCUCCAACGUUCUGACGGAGGACUCGAGGAACGACUACAUCUGUUACGCCCGUUUCCCUCACACUCAGACCAUCCAGCAGAAACAACCCAUCACUCUCUUAGUGCUCAACCUGGAUGCAUUCAAUGAGACUGUUGCUGCUUUAUUCAAUGAAACAGAUUUUUUUAGUGACGGCUCGGCGGAGGAGAGGAAACCUACUUUCCUCAUCCCUUCUGGCUCCAGCAGCUCCAAGAUGGUGCUGAGAGGACAGGUCCUGGAGUUGGAGUGCGUCACUGAAGGACUUCCCACUCCAGAGGUCUCGUGGAGUAAGCUGAGCGGGGAGUUCCCUGACAAGCGUACCUCCAUCGUGACCUUCCAGAAGAUACUGCGUAUCGUGAACGUAUCCGAUGCCGACGCUGGCGAGUACCGCUGCACUGCCCACAACCGCUUGGCCUCCAUACACCACACCAUCCGUGUCACCGUCAAAGCGGCACCGUACUGGAUCACUACCCCCAGGAACCUGGUGCUGGCCCCUAGAGAGAAGGGUCAAAUGAUCUGUAGGGCCAGUGGUACUCCCAAACCCACCAUCAACUGGGCCAUGAAUGGCAUCCCCAUAGAGAAUUCACCUGAGGACUCCAAUAGGAAGGUGGAAGGUGACACCAUCAUCUUCGAGGAAGUCCAGACUGGAUCCAGUGCAGUCUACCAGUGCAACGCAUCCAAUGAAUAUGGAUAUCUGCUGUCCAAUGCCUUCGUCAACGUUCUCUCUGAAACACCCAGAGUAUUGACUCCAGCUAACCAGGUCUACCAGGUGAUCAGAAACAACCACGCCUUGCUGGACUGUUCCUCCUUCGGCUCGCCCAUCCCCAAAAUCACAUGGUUUAAGGACAGCCAGUCCAGCACCCUGGAAGGGGACCCCUACUUGCUGCAUGAAAACGGGACUCUGGAGAUAUAUGUGGCCCAGGCCCUCAACAGUGGGAAGUAUAUCUGUGUGGCCAGGAACACUCUGGGCAUCGCUGAAAACCACGUCUAUCUGGAGGUCAAAGAGCCAACUCGUAUCCUGAAGCAGCCGAAAUACAAGGUGGCCCAGAGAAACAGGAACGUGGUGUUUGAGUGUAAAGUAAAACACGACCCCACCCUCAUCCCCAUCAUGAUCUGGCUGAAAGACAACGGAGAGCUGCCCGACGACGAGAGAUUUCUGGUGGACUCUGACAGCUUGACCAUAACAGAUGUGACAGAGAACGAUGCUGGAACUUACACCUGCAUAAUGAAUACUACUCUGGACCAUGACUCUGCCAGUGCUGAGCUCACUGUCAUCGAACAACCAGACCCUCCUACUGACCUGGAGCUGACCGACAUGAAACCCAGGAGUGUCCAGCUCACCUGGAUACCUGGAGAGGAACACAACAGCCCUAUUCACAAAUUUGUGAUCCAGUACACAGACUCUCUCCACGAUCAUGGCCACUGGCACAACCUGACGCAUGUCCCGGGCAGCAAGACCAUGGCCCACCUCGAACUGUCCCCUUACGUUCACUACUCCUUCAGAGUCCUGGCGCUGAACGCUGUGGGUCUCUCUGAUCCCUCCAACCCCUCCCACAUGUACAAGACCAACCCUGCAGCUCCAGAUGAGAACCCCAGCGGAGUUAAAGGUUUUGGAAUUGAACAUGACAAUCUUAUGAUAUUGUGGAAGCCAAUGUCAGGCCUCCAGGCUAACGGUCCAGGCCUGCAGUACAAGGUGAUGUGGAGACAGAAGGAUGUGGACAAGAACUGGACGUCAGUGACCGUGGCCAACGUCUCCAAGUUCAUGGUCUCUGGGACGCCCACCUUCACACCAUACGAGGUCAAGGUUCAAGCCAUUAACAACAACGGGAUUGGCCCUGAUCCAGCUGUGGUCACUGGACACUCCGGAGAGGACUUGCCGGUGCAGGCUCCAGACAGUGUCCAGGUCCUAGUGUUGAACAGCACCCUGGCUGAGGUGCACUGGGAGCCUGUCCCACCGAAGACAGUACGGGGACAUCUCAAGGGAUACAAGGUGUAUUACUGGCUUGAGCGGAGCCUCCACAAACACAACUCCCACCGUGUGGAGCAGCAGCUUCUGACCUUCAGUGGGAACAAGAGUCAUGGCAUGCUCCCAGGCCUGCAGCCCUACAGCCUCUACCUGUUCAACGUCAGGGUUUACAACGGCAAGGGGGAGGGCCCCGCUAGCUCCAACCUGCAGUUUGAGACCCCCGAAGGAGUUCCUGGGCGGCCAUCUUUCCUGAGAAUCACCAACUCUAACCUGAACAAUUUGACUCUGGAAUGGGGUCCUCCCAACGACCGCAACGGACACCUCACCGGCUACAUCCUCAAAUACCAGCAAGUCAAUAACUCCAACGAGCUGGGUCCGAUGGAAGAGCUGGCCCUGCCGGCCAACAAGACCUCCGUCACGCUCCCCAACCUCAAGUACAGCACACGCUACAAGUUUUAUUUCAAUGCCAAAACAGGCCAGGGAGCAGGGCCCGUCAUUACAGAGGAAGCCGUCACUAUUAUGGACGAAGUCCUAAUGUAUCAGCCUUCAGUAGACGAGGUUGGAGGAGGGAACACCCGAACCCAAACCUCACCUCCCAUAGCAGGGUCUCCUCCACGCCACCCAUUCCACAAGGUGCAUCCAGCGGCUCCGGCAUUCAGGAACGUUAGCUCUUCCGUGGGAGAGGACGGAAUGCUUAUCAGUUGGGAGUACUGGGGAGCGGAAAAACAUGUUUAUCUAGAAUAUAUAAUUAAGAACGACAACACUCUCGGUGAAGAGGAGUGGCAGAAAGAGUAUGUAAAUGGAUCUCAGGCCUAUGUGCUGAAGGGCUUAAAGGAGGGCCUGUCCUAUAGGGUACGCGUGGUUGCCAAGGGUCACGACGACCAAGCGGUGCUCCACCAAUCAGAGGAGCUUUUGGUGACCGUUCCAGCUAUGCCAUCCAGACAGGCUGACAUCGCUACUCAGGGCUGGUUCAUCGGCCUGAUGUGUGCCAUCGCUCUCCUCAUCCUCGUCCUCCUCAUCAUCUGCUUCAUUAAGAGGAACAAGGGAGGCAAAUACCCAGUGAAGGAAAAGGAGGACGCUCACACAGACCCAGAGUUCCAGCCCAUGAAAGAGGAUGACUGUACUUUUGGGGAAUACAGUGACACUGAGGACCAUAAGCCGUUAAAAGGGAGCCGCACACCUUCUAACGGGACGGUGCACAGGGACAGCAGUGACGACAGUUUAGUUGACUAUGGAGGUGGAGACGGACAGUUCAACGAGGAUGGGUCUUUUAUUGGGCAGUACAGCGGAACGAGCUCCAUCAGGGAAACUGCUGAGGCCCCAUCCCCAGUUAAUACAACCGCUAUGAACUCCUUUGUGUAGCCAGUCAACUGGUCAGCCAGGCCACUAGGUGGCGCUACAGUAUAUGCAACUUUUUUGUGUAGCCAGGCCACUAGGCAGCGUUGCAGAUUCUUAUAUAUUCUUUGCGUAGCUAAUUAGACGUUUAUCCUCCCAGCCAAUAGGAGACACUGCGGUGACUGUUCCAUCCCCCAUAUCACAGGGCAAUCACAUCAUUGUGUGGCUUAUCAUCAUCAUCAUUACAUGCCCCACCCAUCUGCACCCAGAACUACCAAUGAGAACCACCCUGCUGUCACAGAUACAUAAGAUACACAUUGGAGAUACUAGAUACUCCUGGAGGACUACGAUUCUUAUACAGUGCAUGGAAAUCCUGAAAUGAUGUACAUCCAUAUAUUAACAUAUUGAGAUUAACACUAAUUAGUAUAUUACACGGAAGAUAUUGUCUAUCUUGGACUACUAUGCGGUUCACAUUUGUAUUAUUUACCAUAUUGUUUUUCCAGUCAAAGCGUUAUCUUGAUAUUAUUGUGUAUGUUAAAGGUACUUUUUGUCCCUCAGGGCCACGAUAAAGAGGCAUCAAUGUCUUUGUGGACCUAGUGGUGAAAUGAGUUACUAAAUGUAUGGCUAUUAUUCUAUGUAUUUUUGCAAGACGGGCAGUUUGUACAGUUUAUACAGUUGUUGUUGCAGAAAGGUUGAAUUAACAAUCACAUAGUGAAAGGUUGAAUUUACAGUAACAAAGGUAAAGGUUGAAUUUACAGUAACAAAGGUAAAGGUUGAAUUUACAGUAACAAAGGUAAAGGUUGAAUUUAUAGUAACAAAGGUAAAGGUUGAAUUUACAGUAACAAAGGUAAAGGUUGAAUUAACAGUCACAUAGUGAAAGGUUGAAUUUACAGUAACAAAGGUAAAGGUUGAAUUUACAGUAACAAAGGUAAAGGUUGAAUUUACAGUAACAAAGGUAAAGGUUGAAUUUACAGUAGCAAAGGUAAAUGUUGAAUUUACAGUAACAAAGGUAAAGGUUGAAUUUACAGUAACAACGGUAAAUGUUGAAUUUACAGUAACAAAGGUAAAGGUUGAAUUUACAGUGCAGGAUUUUGUCCUAAAUGUAUUAUUAUUUUGCUGCGAAAGCAAAUGCUGAUGUUAUACACGCCCUCAUGACGUCAUCCUCAUGACCUUUGACCUGCAUGUGACCUCAUUUCCUGUGGUUGCAACUCACAUGAUCUCACCUGACGGUGACCUUAUGGCUCUUCUUGUCAGACCCCAAGGGCAUGUACUGGCAUCCAACGGCAGCGUUUUUUUUGCUUUUCAAAAUGUCAUGUUCAUUUGUGGUGCUUCAUGGGUGGCCUUCAGCAGUAGUGUGCCUCAGAACUCUGAUUCAGUUCAGUCUAGAUUCAUUUAAAAAAAUACUGUUUUACCCAGAGUUCAGUGAGUGCAACGGGCACAAAGCCAGAGGACUGUGGAGUCACACUCUUGGGGGCAUGAGUUCAGUAGGGAGGGAUGAAACGAUGGAGGACAUCAUAAAGGAAGGAAUACUUCAUAUAGUCAUAUUUUAAAACGCUUUCCAGUGUUUUUUCUCAGAUAUGGGAUUUAUUUUCCUUCCAUCAAGUGGCAUAGGGCAGCCAUAUUAGACACAGCAAAUGCAUUUUAUGUUUAAAAUUCCUUGUUGUUUUCAAAGGUUCUGGUCAUCUAUGAAGUGUUUGUAAUUCUGUGGUGCGUGUGUGCACGUGUGUGUGUGUGUGUGCUGUUGUUGAGGGGAUAUUGGUCAUGCUAGGAAAGAGGUGCUCACUCGUAUGAAGUACAUUUGAGGGCCUUUGAGGUGACAAGGGUUCGCAAGCUAUUUUCUUUUCUUAACUUGCAUCAAGUUUUACGUUGUUGUUUUUUAGUUUUUUUUUACAGAAAUGUCAAUUAUUUGUUGAAUUUGUAAAUAUAUCAUUUUGAAUGUACAGAGAAACACAGCUAGAAGAGCUUAAAGGGAUGGUUCACCUAAAUUACAAAAUUCGAUGACAACCUGAAAGGAAGAACUGUGCAUGAAAUAGUUUGAGAGAGCUGUGUUCAAUAUAGGCUACUAUAUAUAUAUAUAUGUCUUUUUUUGUUUUUAUUUCUUUUUUCUUAGCUGUGAACAUUGUACAUUAUUGUAACUAACAGGACAAGAUGUUGCCCAUGAGUUCAGAUUGGAGUUUUUUUUCAUUUGUCAGCAAUAUAGUUGUGUGUUUCUGAAAUGUCACUUCUCUGUAUUAAAUGAAACCAUACAGUACUCAGUAAACUUUGAGAUUUAAUGUACUUUGGAGUGUUAGAUAAGUACUAUAAUGUACUAUAACAUUGUGGUAUUCUGCUUUAUGUGGGUUAUUCAAGCACAAAGUCUACCAAACUCAUCCACUUUGUGACAGUAUUGCAAAACGGUUGUAUUCUUAUUCAAAAACAGUUUCAAGGUUUUUACUAACAAUUUAUGUCUCUUUUCAUUUAUAUUUAAGUUUCUCCACUUUUAGUGCAAGAAUGAAGUGGAAAUAUAAUGAAUGAAUAAAAUCUAAUGAUCUGCUUUGA